GGUGUUUGAACACUCGAGCUGCAGGACACUCGCCGUGCGCGCGGGCUCUCCUCGAGUUCGGUUUGCUGCGCCGGAACAUGAGGCACUAAGAGCGUUCUGACAAGGACACGCGAACACGCACAAACUGGACAUGGAGUCCAUGAGGACCAGAGCCACGGCGGGGGUCAAGGAGUUUGCGGGGAAGAGCCUGGCUCACGUGCACAGGGUGAUGGAGAGGAGGCAGGGAGGGGGGGAGGUGAUCGAGCUGACGGAGGACGGGCGGCCCCGGGAGGCCGCGGAGAAGAAGCCCCCCCUGUGCGACUGCACGUGCUGCGGUUUGCCCCGCCGCUACAUCAUCGCCAUCAUGAGCGGCCUGGGCUUCUGCAUCUCCUUCGGCAUCCGGUGCAACCUGGGCGUGGCCAUCGUGAGCAUGGUGAACAACAGCACCGUGCACCAGGGCGGCAAGAUCAUCAUCAAAGAGAAAGCCAAGUUCAACUGGGACCCGGAGACCGUGGGUCUGAUCCACGGCUCCUUCUUCUGGGGCUACAUCGUCACGCAGAUCCCGGGAGGAUACAUCUCCUCCAGGCUGGCGGCGAACAGAGUUUUUGGUGCAGCCAUCGUCCUCACCUCCACCCUCAACAUGUUCAUCCCCUCUGCUGCCCGGGUCCACUACGGCUGCGUCAUCUUCGUCAGAAUAUUGCAAGGACUCGUGGAGGGAGUCACCUACCCGGCCUGUCACGGCAUCUGGAGUAAAUGGGCUCCACCGCUGGAAAGGAGCCGCCUGGCCACCCUCUCAUUUUGUGGUUCUUAUGCUGGUGCUGUGAUAGCCAUGCCUCUGGCAGGGAUUCUGGUCCAGUACACAGGAUGGUCCUCGGUGUUCUACGUCUACGGAUGCUUUGGCAUUUUCUGGUACAUGUUCUGGAUCUUAGUGUCUUACGAGAGCCCCGCUGAGCAUCCCUCCAUUUCUGAUGAGGAGCGCUGCUACAUUGAGGAGAGCAUAGGAGAGAGCGCCAAGCUGAUGGGCCCUUCAGAGAAAUUCAAGACCCCCUGGAGGAAGUUCUUCACCUCCAUGCCCGUCUAUGCAAUCAUCGUGGCAAACUUCUGCCGGAGCUGGACGUUUUACCUGCUGCUCAUCAGCCAGCCUGCAUACUUUGAAGAAGUGUUCGGCUUUGAGAUAAGCAAGGUCGGGAUCCUCUCUGCCCUCCCACACUUGGUGAUGACUAUCAUCGUGCCCAUCGGCGGUCAGCUGGCCGACUUCCUGCGCAGCAAGAACAUCCUGACGACCACCACCGUCAGGAAAAUGAUGAACUGUGGAGGAUUUGGGAUGGAGGCCACGCUGCUGCUCGUGGUUGGAUAUUCCCACAGUAAAGGAGUGGCUAUCUCCUUCCUCGUUCUGGCUGUAGGCUUCAGUGGAUUUGCUAUAUCGGGUUUUAAUGUGAACCACCUGGACAUCGCUCCUCGCUACGCCAGCAUCCUCAUGGGCAUCUCCAACGGUGUGGGGACUCUGUCUGGGAUGGUCUGCCCACUCAUCGUUGGUGCUAUGACAAAGAAUAAGACCAGAGAGGAGUGGCAGUACGUCUUCCUCAUAGCUUCCCUGGUGCACUAUGGAGGGGUCAUUUUUUACGGGAUCUUUGCAUCUGGAGAAAAACAGCCGUGGGCCGACCCCGAACUCACCAGUGAGGAGAAAUGUGGCUUCAUCGAUGAAGACGAGCUGGCGGAGGAGACGGGCGACAUCACCCAGAGUUAUGGAGCUUUUGGGGGUCCAGCUAAAACGUACGGUGCGACCACGCAGGUGAACGGAGGCUGGGCCACCGGCUGGGAGAAGACGGAGGAGUACGUCCAGGAGGAGGCACAGGAAGGAGGCUACGGAGGCUACAGGCAGGACGAGGGCUACUCUUAGAGCACAAACACACACGCGUGUCCUGUGCGCAUCACUUUGAGUCAAACAGCAACAAAUGACAAACAAGAAAAUCUGCGGUCCAUCCUGGUUUUGUUGCACAAACUAAAAACAAAAAGAAAAAAUGAUCGACUCCAUGUGAAACGACUAAAAUCUAUAAAUAUAUUUGAUGAGUAGAGGUGUAGCACAUAUCAGAUUGGCAGUAUGUAAAUGUACCAAUAUGCAUAUUGAUAAUAGAUAUAUUUAUUUGGAGUGCAAAUGUGCGUAAACGUAAUUAUUUCCAUCCCAUCAGCUGAGGCUUCCUGACCACACUGACCAUCACUGGUCAGUUACUGGUUUCAGUCCAGCAGCCUGUAAACCAGUCAUCUGAGUGUAGAUAAAUCACCGCACAACACCGACAUGAAAGUGGACGCUCUGAAGUUCUAGAUCUAUCAGUCCUGACUUGUGUCUGGAAACGACCUGAAACACUUUAAUCAAGUUAAACGUCUUUAAAUGCGUUUUCUCUUGAACCUGAUCUCACUGUAGUUCCUCUGCAGCUGAAGCCACGGUUCACAUCUUUCAUGCACGUCAUCUCUGUUGAUCUCAGCUCGGAGAAAACAUGAUGAUCUCUACAUGUAUUAAAACUUGGCACCGUGCAAGGUCCUGGAGCUGAAGACGACCGAGCAGCAUCUCCACAGGACGCGUCCAAGUUGAAGAUGAGAGAACGUUGUUGAUCUGCAGGAAACUGCUGUGCCAAAGGUUCAGCACAAAGAAACACAAGGAAUCACAAAAGAUACAGAAAUAACAGAGAAUUAUAAAAAUAACAGAGA